CUCAAAUGAAUGUUGAUCUGAAAGGUCGGGACCUCCUUACUCUACAGAACUACACAGCUGAUGAACUGAAGUAUUUGCUGUGGAUGGCAUCAGAUUUGAAACAAAGGAUAAAGCAUGAAGGAGAGAAUUUGCCUUUGAUGCAAGGCAAAUCUUUGGCCAUGAUUUUUGAGAAGAGAAGCACAAGAACAAGAUUAUCUACAGAAACAGGAUUUGCUCUCCUUGGAGGACAUCCUUCCUUCCUUACAACACAAGAUAUACAUCUGGGCACUAAUGAGAGUCUCACAGAUACAGCAAGGGUGCUGUCCAGCAUGACAAAUGCAAUUUUGGCUCGAGUUUAUAACCAUAAUGAUCUGCACCUAAUGGCAAAAGAAGCCACGAUCCCAAUAAUCAAUGGAUUGUCCGAUUUAUACCAUCCUCUUCAGAUUUUAGCUGAUUACCUAACUCUUCAGAUCAUGCAGUGUGUUCCUGAUAUGGAUACUGGGGAGCACUAUGGAGGCCUGAAGGGGCUCACCAUCGCCUGGGUUGGGGAUGGCAACAACGUCCUGCAGUCCUUCAUGACGAGCGCUGCACAGCUGGGAAUGCACCUGAGGAUUGCCACUCCCAGGGGCUUUGAACCAGACCUCAGGAUAACUAAAAUAACUGAACAGAACUUCAAAGAGUAUGGUACCAAGUUGCUUCUCACAACAGACCCUUUGGAAGCUGCAGACGGUGCCAAUGUCUUAGUCACAGACACAUGGAUAAGCAUGGGACAAGAAGAGGAGAAGAAAGAAAGACUAAAAGCCUUUCAAGGUUAUCAGAUUACAAUGCAGACUGCAAAAUCUGCUGCUUCCAACUGGACUUUUUUACACUGUUUACCCAGAAAGCCUGAAGAAGUUGAUGAUGAAGUAUUUUAUUCUCCACAGUCACUGGUUUUCCAGGAGGCUGAAAACAGAAAAUGGACAAUUAUGGCUGUCAUGGUUUCCCUGCUGACAGAUUACUCACCACAGCUACGAAAACCCACAUUUUGAUGCUUGGAUUCCUU